CAAGUAUGAACCUGAAAAUGAGCAUAAUAUGGGACCUUUAAAUGCAUUUUUAUUAUGUAUUACUGUCGACUAAAACCUCCACAAAAAGCAGCCACUCUGUUCCAUCCUCACAGACACAAAUGACGCAUUUUCCAUCACUGGUAUAAAUACGCAGCAUCAUUCUCUGUCAGCAGCCGAGACUCGCAGUCCAUGAUGCGCUCUCCAAGGUGCAACGGUGUGAUGCGCACCAGGCUCUCCAUCUCCAUCAAGUAACACCUCGAGUUUUCACAACAAUGGAGGGUGCAAACAACACCACAAUUUGGCCUCAGUUCGACAACAACUCUUCCAACAGAACCUCCGCACCUGAAGAUGAGGAGGAGGUGGUGAAGCUGAGUUACCAAGUGGUCGCAUCCUUCAUCCUCGGUGCGCUCAUCCUGUGCGCAAUCUUUGGGAACGCGUGCGUAAUAGCAGCCAUCGCCUUGGAGCGCACUCUGCAGAAUGUGGCCAACUACCUGAUCGGCUCUCUGGCGGUCACCGACCUGAUGGUGUCGGUGCUGGUGCUGCCCAUGGCGGCGCUUUACCAGGUGUUGAACCGCUGGACUCUCGGAGAGAUCAUGUGCGACAUCUUCAUCUCUCUGGAUGUGUUGUGCUGCACCUCGUCCAUCCUGCACCUGUGCGCCAUCGCCUUGGACAGGUACUGGGCGAUAACGGAGCCCAUAGAGUACAUGAAGAAGAGGACGCCGAGGAGAGCCGCAGUCCUCAUCAGUGUCACCUGGCUGGUCGGAUUCUCCAUCUCGGUGCCUCCGAUGUUGAUCAUGCGCUCUCAGCCCAGCAGCAUGGCAGAGGACAGGGCCAACCCAAAGCAGUGUGCGAUCAGACAAGACCCCUGGUACACUGUAUACUCAACUUUCGGGGCUUUUUACAUCCCACUGACUCUAAUGCUGGUUCUAUACGGGCGGAUAUUCAAAGCUGCCAGGUUUCGGAUCAGGAGGACAGUGCGUAAAACGGAGAAGAAGAAAGUGUCCGACUCUUGCUUGGCGCUGUCCCCGGCCUUGUUCCACAAAAAGACUCCCGGAGACGUGCAGGGCAAGAGCUGGAAGAGGAGCGUGGAGCCAAGGCCCAUGCUGCCGAGCGUCAACGGCGCGGUGAAACACGCGGAGGAUGGAGAGUCCCUGGAGAUCAUCGAAGUUCACAGCAACAACUCCUCCAAGGGCAACCUGCCGCUGCCCAACACCCCGAGCUCCGUGCCGCUGUUCGAGAACCGGCACGAGAAGGCGACCGAGGCGAAGAGGAAGAUCGCGAUGGCGCGGGAGCGCAAAACGGUGAAGACUCUGGGCAUCAUCAUGGGCACCUUCAUCCUCUGCUGGCUGCCCUUCUUCAUCGUGGCCCUGGUCAUGCCCUUUUGCAAGGAGUCGUGCUACAUGCCCCGCUGGCUGGGUGAUGUCAUCAACUGGCUGGGCUACUCCAACUCUUUACUCAACCCCAUCAUCUACGCGUACUUCAACAAAGACUUCCAGAGCGCUUUCAAGAAAAUAAUCAAGUGUCAUUUCUGCAGACGGUGAUGUGAUGGUGAUUCCAGGUGGAAAAAGAUGCCUAUAUAAAACAGCCAGUAAAAGCGGCACAAAGAGAUUGUUCUAAAAAACAACAACAACAACAAAAGAGGGCUCAUAAUGAUUACUGUCGAUCAUCACCAUCGUUAUCAGUACUGAAAUACUCCCAGAGAUGUCUGUAUAGCCUAUGCAUAGAUAAAGCUGUGAUCGGUAUAGAUUGAAGCUCCAUGUUCCUCAUCCUGUUCUGUAAUGUCCAAUAAAGAAAUACUUUUUCACAAUUUUUUCAGAAGUCGUGAUUUU